GCAACCGUACCACGGCUUUGUCGGCCACCCUCCUCAAUCUCCAUCUAUCGCUCCUCGCCCUCCUUCCAUCUUCCACCGUAUACGAUUAGACCACGACGCCAUACCAUCGUCAUCCCCUCAAUCACCUGUUUCUCGUUGCCGCCAUCCCUGUCGCCGUCGUCUCCAUCCCACCAGAUCCCACCAUGGAGCACGUCCACGGCGUCGACGUCAGCUGGAUGACCCAUGGUGCCCCCAAAGAAAAAGCGCCAAAGAAUUCACCCCCAACGAAAGCACCAGUGCCCGCCCUCCCUCGACAGAUCCCCGGCGCAUCGGCCAGGGCGCCGGCGUCGGCCUCAAUAGACCACUCCACGAACGGCCAGUCCACGCCUCCCAACGGCUCGAAUGCGCAAAGACGACCUUCGCGAUCCGGUUCCAUAGAAAAACCGAGUCCGAACGGCACUCCAACCCAGCGCCGUAACUCGUGGUUCUCCAAUAUCUCGGCCAAGUUCUCCUCCAGCUCGCCCCCCACCAAUUCACCUUCGCCAGCCCAGCCGUUGCCAUCGCCCACGGUCCCAGAAGAUCCUCAACCCCCCAAGAUCACGCCUACCAAGAAUGCCGUCCUGCAACACGCUGCCAAGCCUGAGGGCAACGGCCCCUAUACCCCGGCCCCCCCCAGGAGCACCCAGGCUGGCUUCCUGGGCGUUUUCCGCCGACUAUCAUCAUCGUCGGGUGCCCUUGGACCCGCUGGCAAGCUAGGUCACGGCUUGGUAGACCGCGUGGUUUUGAAUGUAGACCAAAAAAGGGAGAGAUGUCCCAUCUCAGAGCUGCAGGGUGCCAAGUUGAAGCGAGUUGCCUUUUGUGUAGACGUCGAGAUCGCGCCAAUGCCCAAAUAUGGCGAAGUCGACACCGCACAUCCCCCGAAGCCAAUUGACAUAACCCAGAAGAAGAAAAUGACGGAAAAGGGUGAAGGCGAUGCCCUCAAAAACCCCAAACCUGCUGAGGACGAGAAAGAGACGAAGGACGCAAUCCAGAGCAAUGGCGAAUCUCUACCAAAGGAAAUUGAGAAGAAUGGACUCGACAUCGCUCCCCCGAGCAAGGACCCGAGUACAAACGGCACUGCAACCCCAGCCCUAGCCGCAGAAAAGGACAACACAAAAAAGAAGGAGAAAAAGAAGAAGAGUGAGGAGGAGCGCAAAGCCAGGAAAGAAAAGAAGCGCAAACUCGCCGAGGCUAACGGUUCUAUCCCGAUGGAGAUCCAUUACGACAGCAGUGAUUCGUCGUGCCAAACGCCCCCAGGCGCUUCUACUCCAAAGACGACAUCUUAUCCAACCACGAACCCAGUACGAAUUUAUCGAAGGUGUUGCCAGCUGCGCGAAACGCCGAUCCUUAAGAAGAUCACCGAGCAACUCACCGCUACGGCCAAUUAUUCUUCUUCGACUGGCAUGGUAAACAAGUUGGACUUGACCGAUUACUGGCUGCAGCUGCCCGAUCUCGUCACCUUGGGUGAUUAUCUCGCCGUUGUUCCCGUAAGAGAAGUUCUUCUGGAAAACAUUGGCCUGACCGACGAGGGAUUGCGGGUAAUCUUGGCUGGACUCCUGGCAGCAAAACGGCCCCCCUCAAAGAGACGCAAGCCCAAGCAUGAGGAUGAGGAAUAUGCUAGCGUGGUUGAGCGAUUGGUGCUCAAGAACAACAAGCUUGGCCCCGAUGGAUGGAAGCACUUGUCCCUUUUCAUUUACUUAUGCCGAUCCCUCAAGUUUCUCGACGUUUCCCAGAUUCAAUUCCCCCGUCAAUCACAAGUUAAGCAGAACGGCGCACUCCCCAAUGGAGUCCAAAUACCGCGUGGCAUCUCAGAUAUAUUUUCCAAGGCCCUCGGGGAACGACUAGGAGGGUCUACGCUUGAACUGGUUAAUCUCGGCGAGACGGGACCGAGCAUGGAGCAACUGGGUGCUAUCAUCGAUGGACUAAUAAAGUGUGGCGUGGGCAGGCUGGGUCUCGCACACAACCAAAUCGACGAUGAAGGCGUACAGCAUGUGGUAAAAUAUAUUGCUGCUGGCAAGUGUGAGGGCCUUGAUUUAAAUGGCAACGAUCUCGGGGAUCAUAUGGAAGCGCUGGCCUCGGCAAUUCAGGAGGAUUCGUCAUUGUGGGCGAUGGGCCUGGCUGGCUGCAACCUGACACCUUCGUCACUCUGCAAAAUCCUACCAACACUUGUCAAGCUCAAGAACUUCCGGUUUAUCGAUCUAUCACAGAACACGGCACUUUUCCGGUCUACCCCGAGCGCAGUUGGUCUGCUGAGGAGAUACCUGCCGAAGAUGGCUGCUUUGAAGCGAAUACAUCUUGAAAGUGUUGAGAUGACAUCAGAACAAGCCAUCGCGCUGGUCGAGGUCCUCCCUGAGGUCCACCAACUCGCCCAUAUCAAUCUCCUUGGAAACGAUGAAUUGAUGAAGCUGGCUAAUGCGCGGACGGAGGAAGCCCAAGAGGAAGCAUGUGCCUUGUACGCGUCUCUUCUUGCAGCCGCACGUGUAUCUAAGAGCCUUAUCUGCGUGGACAUUGAAGUACCUGGUGAUCGGUCCGGCGAGAUUGUCAAAGCCAUGGCCAAACAAGUCGUGGCGUACUGUCUGCGCAAUAUGGAACGCAUUCAAGACGCCGAUGUGAGCGCUGCUGUUGCUGCUGCACUGGCAGAAAACCACGUCGACGGAUCGGAGUCUAGGUCGCCACCCUACCCCGACGUCCUCGCUCACCUGGUUGGCCAUGAUGUCUUGGACGAUGAUGAGUUGCCCGAUGACGCAAGCUCUGCGCCAGACGAGGAUUAUGUGAUUGGAGGUACUGGAGUAGUCAAGGCUCUGACGUGUUGUUUGAAGAAUCGCGGCGAUGAGUCUCGCAGGCAGUCGGGCGAGUUUAUCCGAGACGUGGAGAAUGGCGUGGCUAAUCAAGGAGCCACACUGACUACUGGAGGAAAGGCGAAGGACAUGUCGAAGCAUCUCCUGGCGGGUGCUCGCAAGAUUCGCCUGCGACUGCAGCCGGCGCUGAACAAGGCCAGGGCUAACCCCGGGGACGAGCAAAACCUUCGCAAACUUAUGUUCCUGGACGACACGCUGCAGGGUAUUAUCAAGCGCUUCGAAGACGAGUACCCGGAUACACGAGAGCCGGUGCACGAACCGCCUGUGCUUGCGGCUGUUAAAGGAAGGGUGGAGGAGCUUCCCAUAGCGCUGCCCCCGGUGGAGGAUCCGAGUAUGGCACUGUCAGACAACGAGGACGAGUCUGAACUCAAUGUGGCUAAGCCACUGUCAAGAUCGAACUCAAUGCUACUGUCUAAGACGCUCGACGAGGAAGAAGGACGAAUUUUGCGUGCGGGUCACCGGUUCCGGGUGGGCUUUUUCAAGCAGGAGCAAAUCGAUUUGCUCAACACGAUCGACGACAUUGGAUCGGAUCCAAAGCACGUCCGAAUGCUCUUUGAGCUGGCCGAGGAUGUUGGUGGAGAACUCUUGGAGAAGGUGAAGGAGAAGGGCGCCGUGCGAGCUUUUAAGGAGCACGGCGACCUUGCGUGGAGAAACAUGGAGGCGAGCGACCCAGAGCAUUGGGAACGGUUUGCGGAAGCGCAGCACAAGGCGCGGGCCAACAUUACCGUUCCAGCAGGCAUUAAGAGCCCGGAGUCACAGCCGGCCGAUGAGAGCGCCAUCGCGGACUGAAGGAGGGUUGUCAGCUCAAUAUUCAAGAGUGGGAUGGCGGGACUCGACCCAGUGGGUCAGAGCAGAAAUUAGCAGUGUAUCAUCAUGGCGUUGUCGUCAACAUGACUGGACUGGCUGGAUAUUUGGUUGAAAAGGACACCAGGACUUCCACAUUCGCAUA